GAAGCCAUCGCCGACGCCGAUGUAUGCUCGUGAUGGAUGCCCCAAGUAGGAAGCUCUUUCGACGGACUCUGAUAGAGGGAGGAUGUGCAGGGCGAAUGCGCUUGCCCAGCACCAGCGUCAUGGUUGCGAAACAGAGAUAAAAUGAGGUAUUUUGAUAUGGGCCAACUCGCCCCAUUGCCUCAAGGUUCCUGUCGUCCCCAUCACCACCACGGUUGGCUCCGGCCCGUUGUCCGUAAUCAAUCAAUCAAGGAUGUGGAUACUGAGAUGAAGAAGCCCGGCCGGCACAACGGGGUUCAAAUUGGCAAUCCGUGGCCCUGCAAGGAAACAGGCCACUUGCGAUAAACGCGUACGGAUAUACCGCCCCCGAUUGACU